CUAAAAAAUAAAAUUAAAAAAGCCUAAAAGAGAGCCAACAUAAAAAAGCAGCACCAAAAAAAUUUCCCAAAUUUAUUUUUAACCUUUUGCUAAUCCGAGAAGCUUCUUCCUCUGCGAUCCUCGACGACGAAUCCAUUGUUAGACACGACUUUGUCUCUGACGCUUCAAGGUUACUAAAUAAAAAGUGUAAUUCAAUCGCUUUUUUUUUUUCUGUGAAUUGUCACACUCUCCGGCGACAAUAAAACUUUGUUUUCCGGUGAUUGUGUGUUUGAAGUUGGAUUUGCGAUGGGAACUGCGGUUGGAACUGUUGAGGACUGCAUAGAGAUGUUUGAAGGCAGUGCUCAGACAAGUGUCACACCAUUUUCUCCAACAAAUCAGAUUGGAAAUCCUGUUGCCUACAAGCUUGUCCGGGUUUCAGGAGAUGGGAGCCUUGUUCCUGCAACCGAUGAAGAAAUUUUGGAGGUUAAUGAAACGGAUAUGCAUAUUGCAUCAGAUGCUUGUCAGACUGUAGGCGACCUUGCAACCGAUGAAGAAAAUUUGGAGGUCAAUGAGACAAAUAUACAUAUUGCAUCAGAUGCUUAUCAGACUGUAGGCUACCUUGCAACCGAUGAAGAAAAUUUGGAGGUCAAUGAGACAAAUAUGCAUAUUGCAUCAGUUGCUUGUCAGACGGUAGGCCACCUUCCAGCUGAAGGGAUGUCCCAUCUUGAAAGUUCAGAAGCUAUAAAUUCAGGUUUACUGCAGUCUGAUAAUGUGCGACCAGAUACUGACCAGUAUAAUGAGAAGAUGUUGCAAAAGGUCGAACAAGAAGAGAGGCUUGGCAAUGUACAUGGAUCUCAGGUGCCUUCUACUCCUCCAGAUGUCAACAUCCAGUUUUCUAAUGAAAAAAAAUUUAUUAAGGAGGAUCAAGCCCACUAUGAAGCUUUGCUGCAAGAACCCAUUUCUUUUUCAUCGAAUGUUCAGAAUGAAUGCAAUGUGAAUCAGUCCGGUAUGAUCGAACCAUGCUCAAACGCAGCAGCUAGUCCCAAAGAAACUGCAUUGUCUGAAGCUGCUCAAAAACCUGAUUUUUCUAGAGUUAGAGGCGAGAUCUGCUUGGAUGAUUUACCAAUUAAAGCACUGCAAGAAACAUUCAGGGCAACGUUUGGCCGUGAGACAACUGUUAAGGACAAGACAUGGCUCAAAAGGAGGAUUGCAAUGGGACUUGUUAAAUCUUGUGAUGUACCAGCAACUAACCUGACAAUAAAAGAUAACAAGUUAAUUGGAAAGCAAGAGAAAUCCAGUGUUAUGACUAAUGUCGUUAGCAAGGAUAUGUGUGAUGAUGUAAGAGCUACUAAACCGAAAGAUGCGCCAUCGAGUACUGAUCAUGUGAAUGCUACUGACCACUAUUAUGCUAGUGAGGAUUAUUCCAGUGAACAGAGGGCUGCAAAACGAGUGAGGAAGCCUACACGAAGAUACAUUGAAGAACUAUCAGAAACAGAUGAAAAACAGCAAAAUGACAAGCCAAUGAUUCCUUUAAAGGAUCAGAGGUCAUCCGAAAAACCUGAGGUCAGGUCUAUCAGCGUCUCCUCAGGGAAGAGAGUUGCUGUCACCAGGACGGUAUCCCUUGCUGGAUCUGAAAUGGAGGUUCCUUAUGUUUCUCAUGUCCGAAGAAGCCGUCCAAGAGAGAACAUCAUGGCUCUUAUGGAUUAUCAUUCCAGUUGCUUGGAAGAUAGAGCUAGUCCAGCAGAGAGUAACUUCAAUUUGACCCCAUCUCAGUUAAACAAUGAGGUUGUGAAGCGAGAUUUGGUGGUAGAGUCUGCUUCUCGACCAGUCCAAAAAGAAUUUUCUACAAGUGACAAGAACAACGAAGAGCAUAUUCUCAGUGAGGUUGAUCAAGACAUGGAGCCAGAGCACAUAGACUCCUCUGGAAAUAGCUCGGAUGACAUGGGCCUGCCAAUCAUGCAAGGUGGUGCACUUAGAAGGAAGCACCAUCGAGCUUGGACUCUGUCUGAGGUUACAAAACUAGUCGAGGGUGUAUCAAAGUAUGGAGCUGGGAAGUGGUCUGAGAUCAAAAAGCAUUCCUUUUCAUCAUAUUCAUAUCGUACGUCUGUAGAUCUCAAGGACAAAUGGCGAAAUCUUCUGAAAGCAAGCUUUGGUCAGAGUCCCUCAAACAGCAUGGGAAGUCUCAAGAAACAUGGGUCGAUGCACAUUCCUGUGCAGAUUCUGUCACGGGUAAGGGAACUUGCGGAGAAGCAAUCUCUGGUUCCCCGGUAAGCAAGGUUGAUGGAUAUAGUAACAGAAGGGAAAGGGAGCAAGAUCCGACUUCGUUGUAGCUGAGUUUUUUCUUUUUUUGUAAAAUAGCAAAGUAAGGGAGACGAGACGAUGACAGUUUCUGUAGACUUGUAACUUUCGAAGCAAGCUUUGUGGGUUAUAUAUAUGAGGAAAGUACUAGUAUUAAGUAGUCUCUGAGUCUUCUUGAAUUGAUAUGAAUGGUUUCUCUAUAAUAUAUAUAUCCAUGGAAGUCAAGUCAU